AUGUUAUGGGGCAAAGCUCUGCACCUCCACCAUAAUAGAGAAUGCGUCGAGUUCCACAUCCACAACUUAAUCUCCGCGAUGCCUGCGGCGACCGAGGCCAUCAAUAUCGCCGGGAAAGAACUCCAGCUUCUGGUCGAUGAAGCCGUAUUGGCAGUUGGGCGAUCUAAUAGUGAAGAGACUGGAAGGGAACUGGAAGCGUUUCCCCAGUUCGAUUCUAGUCGGCGUUCCUUGAUCGACAAUGUUGACCCUAUGGUUCCUGGGAUUUCUCGACUUUCGUCGCGGUCCCAUCCCAACAUUCUGCAAUUGCUCUGUGGGUUCACCAACGAGGACAAGAAAGAGUGUUUCUUGGUGACGGAACUGAUGAGUUGCAGAGACAUCGAGAGCUACAUCAAGAAAGUAUAGAACUUCAACCCCAGCAGCAGGGGAAGGGUACCUUUCUCUAUCAUCAGGUCAUCGACGACUUCCUUCCUCGCCUCCAAGCUCGCCGGGCUCCCUAUAGUCGCCGUCAAGUAUCAGUUCCCCGACAUCGGUGCACGGCAACCAUCGGGUUUCUUCGCCGACGUAGUGGCGGAUAUUCUAAUUUAA